AUCAUAAGCUAUAUAUUUGUAAUUCACGUCGCACUUGCGUUCGGCAAAGUGGGAGUAAAUUUGCUAAAACUCUGCAGUUUUCGUCAAUUUGUCCGAGAUAUGGGGUCUUCUAAGAAGCAUAAGGAGAAAGACAAGGACAGAGAGAAGGAUAAGGAACUCGAGAGGGAGUCCAGAAAGAGAAAGAAGGACAAAGAUCGCUCAAGAUCUAGGUCAAGAGAGAGGAAGCGUGAAAAGAAAGAAAAAUCCAGAUCUCGAUCGAGAUCGCGAUCUAAGGAGAGAAAACGGGACAAGGAGAGGCACAGGGAGCGUAAGCGGGACAGGGAUGGGAAGGAGAGGAAGAAGAAACACAGGGAAUCGGAAGAAGUAAGAGUGAAAACAGAGCCACAGGAUGAUGAUGAGCCAGUACCAUCCACAUCAGGAGCAGGAGCAGGGGGAGACAGUGCACUCAGCAUUGAGGAGACAAAUAAACUGAGAGCAAAGCUGGGCCUAAAACCAUUGGAUGUUGCAGAUGCCGUAGUUUCAGCUGAGGAGGAGAAAACAGAGAACAAAGAGGAUGUCCACGCACCUGCCAUCAACCUGGGCGAGAAGAAGAAAGCAGAGGAGCUGCGAGAGAAGAUGAAAGCCAUGAGGGAGAAGAGAGAGAUGAACAAGAAAUUAGGGAAGGUGAAGGCCCUGGGUGAUGAUGAUGAGUUGGAUGAUGUGACAGCCUGGGUGGAGCGGAGCCGCAAGCUCCAGAUUGAGAAGGAGAAGGCAGCAAAGAGGGCCAGGAUGCUGGAAGAGAUGGAUGAAGAGUUUGGGAUCGGUAAUCUGGUGGAGGAAGAGUUGGGAGUCAACAAACCUAAGACUUACUCAGCCAGAGACUUGGCCGGCAUGACAGUAGAGCAUUCAGAGGAAUCUUUCUUAGAAGGACAGAGUGUUAUCCUGACACUCAAGGACAAAGGUGUUCUGGACACUGAAGAUGAUGUCUUGAUGAACUAUAACCUCCUUGAGAAGGAGAAAGCAGUGAAGAACGUUGAGGCGAAGAAGAAGAAACCUGACUACAAACCUUAUGAUGAAGGCGAGAUGGAUGAGUUUGGAGUGUUCAAACCAAAGGAUAUUCUUGACAAGUAUAAUGAGGAAAUAGAUGGAGAGAAGAAGUCAUCAUUCACUCUAGAUGCCCGGGGAGAUGUGGACCUGGAGUCAGAAAGACGGCUACAGGCUAUCAGAGAAGAGCUGCGCAAACAGAGCCAGUCCCUCAACCUGGCUGCACCGACACUCGCCUCCGAGUAUUUCACACAGACUGAGAUGGAGGCAAAGUUCCAGAAGAGGAAGAGGAAAGUGAAGAAGAUCCGGCGGAAGCGAGUGGUGAAGGCUGACGACCUGCUGCCUCUGGACGAUGAAGAACCUGGGUCAAGGAGACAGGAAUCCCAAGAGAUCCCAGGUCUGGAGCUGGUGGACAUGGAUGUGGACUUACCGGACAUAGAUGAUGUUCCCAUCCUAGGUCCGGAGGUGACAGAGGAACCUGUAGUAGUGGAUGACGAGGCAGAGGAGGACUUACAUCGCGCACUCAGCAAGGCUCGCAAGCUGAAACAGAUGAAGGAGAGACGGGCAGGGGCAGACAAGGUGUUGGAGGUUGUGCAGCAGCUGCCCAAGCAGGAGAGGGAUGAUGAUGAUGAGGAGGAGGAAGCUGCUGUGCCUGCUCUAGGGAAGCACAUCGUGCUGAACGCCACGUCAGAGUUCUGUCGUACGCUGGGAGAGAUCCCCACCUACGGACAGUCAGGCAACAGGGAUGAGGAUGAGGAGGAUCUCAUGGACCUGGAGCAGGAGGAUGUGAACAGAGGAGAGGAUGAGGAGGGGACAGGGUGGAGCUAUGUCAACCCUGAUCACAGCGACGGGGCUCAGCCAGAGGAGGACCACCUGCACAAUAUCCUGGAUGAGGAGCCUGCACUGGACACAGGCUUGGCUGGAGCUCUCAGUCUGGCAAGAAAGAAAGGUUACCUGGAGACUGAGACCAGGAGGAAAGGUGCCACUAUCACCACCAAAAUGUCCAUUCCUGAGACUAAUUACACCAUAGAAGACAAGUCCAGGGAGUUUGAGGACAACAGAAAGUCUCGUUACGACCGUGGGCCGGUGGUGGACUUUAAGGAGAAGGACACGUACAGGCCUGAUGUGAAGAUUGAGUACAUCGACGAGACAGGCAGGCUGCUCAACCCUAAGGAGGCAUUCCGGCAGCUGUCUCACAGAUUCCACGGGAAGGGUUCUGGGAAGAUGAAGACGGAGAAAAGGCAGAAGAAACUAAUGGAACAAGAGAUGGUGAAGAAGAUGAGCUCCAUCGACACGCCCCUGAACACGCUGGCCAAGCUGCAGGAGAAGCAGAAGGAGACGUCCUCCCCGUUUGUGGUGCUCAGCGGAGGCAAGAACCAGAUGAACACCAUCACCAAACCCAAGUAAAAGCACAAGCACAACAGGUCACACCAAUUUGAUACCUUAGUUCUUAACUCCAUCAAAUAUGUUCCAAUAAUCAUAUGUUAAUAUAUCUGGUUAGAUACUAGAGAUACUAAUUAGAAGUUAUAAAGAUUUUGGGUCAUCUUUUAUCCUGAUGUAUUCAUGUCAUGUACUAGGGCUGCGGACCGGUACACUGUACCGGUCCAAUACCGUAAAAAUCGUUUCGGUACAGGUCCAAAAUACCGGACCAUGAAGUAACGAGUAUAUACCGAAAUAGCUAGUUUACACCAUGUAUAUGACUAAAGAUAGGUAAAUCCUACCACAAAGACGAAAAAUUAGCACUGGAA